GGGGGGGACGGUGACCCGCAGCAAGAGAGUUCCACAUGUUCGACCGCCCUGGACAAAGGAAAACACCAAGUUGGCCAGCCCAAGGGCCACGCUGGAUCCACGUCACGCAGUCCAACUUCUUGCAGCCGGAAAAGAAGUCCAGCCGUCCAUCACCUGCUACGGAAUUAUCAAAACUUGAGGCAGGGAACGCUAAGCUGUGCUUGUGCUGUUAUUAUCCUAAGCAUAUAGCUGCGCCGAAAGGAGGGAUGUUAUGGCGCCAUUGGAGGAUGACAUGUCUGCUUUGCAAAUCCUCGUUUCCAGCCGCCCCCGGGGUGGCGCUGUCAAGCUUGACUCAGCAUGGAAAGGACGAGAGUAAUUCAGAAAAGAAAAGGAGGACAUCUCCACUUCUAAAAAAGGCAGAGGAGAGGUGCCCAGUUAUCCGUAGAUGAAGGCAACAGCUGCGGUGAAUACAAGAGCUGAUGGCUAUCACCAGCACCUGCACCGGCCAUGCUAAAGCCAUGUUGUCAUUUUAUGCCGCCAGAGUCAUAGCCACCUACGGAUUUCCCGACUAAUUUCGUCAUCAGGUAACAUACAUGGGGCUGUCAAUCCGAGCAAUUUCUGCCAGCCCUCUGGAAUAUUUGAGGCCGGUGUGCGCCGGACCCGGACAGACAAAAAAAAAGAAGGAGAAAUACCAAAGCCAUACCAUACGCCACACAAACAAACUAGUCUAGUAGUAUUGUUUGAGAUGAGGAGAGCAUCUUUCUUGGACCAACAUUGCCAGCUCCAUCUGGAUGCUUGGACGGACGCAUUUUCCUAUCCAGCGUGUCACCUCGUGCUGAUGAGGCGCGUACGUACCUCGGAGGCCAGAGCGAGACCACACGUGAAAUACGGUAACACCUCUUCUUCUUUUUAUUGUGGAGUGGAAUUAAAUGCAGGAAUUUCGUGAGGAUGGAAUUCGACUGGUGUACGGCCGGCCGCUAGAACCUUUUUCCGAUUGUUCUUAUGUUCUACAGAGAGCUCCAUUUUGCGCCUCGUGAAAUUCUUGCCGAAAAUAUGUGUAAACCUGUGGUUUGCAGGUAGUACGUCUUGACAGCAGCUGCUGCUGCUACGGCUUCUGCACAGUUGUCAGGAUGUGGAGGAGCAGCGAGGCUUGCAGACAGUGGUGCUGCCGUGCACGCGUCUAAGACUCGUAGCUCCUUCCGCCCUCCCAGCUGGAUGUGCUGCCAGUCCGAUGAUGGUGAUGCUAGCGUUUGGCUAUCAUCUAGAGGGCAUCGAAGUAGCAAGAGACUGGCAUGCGAUGCAAUUACUGACGAAAAGUUGGUUGGUGCAUUGGUUUGUCCUGCGUUCUGUUCUGUUCUGUUCUUGCCUAGUAGAUCCCAACGGACGGUGGUGACCGGACGUGAAGGGUUGGUUCUUGGCCUUCACGCAAAGAAAGGCACCAAAACACCUUGGUCGCUCCAUCCUCACUCUGUGAUGCACCCCAAAAAAAAGCUCUUAAACCUGUUACAUAGCUCUCUGCUUUGAUACGUUUCAGCUUUUUUUCCUCAUUAUUAAUUAGAAAGGGAAAACAAUGUGUGUGUGUGUGCCUUGACUUGUACUUCACUAUUCUAUCCCUUUUGGUCUUCUUCCUUUCCUCUGAGUACGCAGUAGAUAUGACUUGGAACUUGUACUGGUCAGUGGUCACUGAAGAAAAGGCUAACCUUUUGUGGGUGGGGGGGUGGGGGGCAGCGAACAGUACAUGAAGGCGAUACUGUAUUUUCUUCCCUUGCCAGGUCAUCACUCAUCAGACAUGCUAGCUGAUCUCGAUUUGCAGAUCACUAGAAACUGCGGCCCACCCAAACAGGCAAGCUAGGGUAGUAGGGUGUGAAAGGCUGAAGCAAGAGGGGGUGAGGGGCGCAAAGACGAAGGCUUUCUGGUGAAAACCUUGUGCGCUUGCAGGCCAGUGGUCAAGUUUUUGGUCCAGGCCCCAGGGACAGGGAGCAACCAGCCAGCCUUUUUAGUUGUUGUUGUUUUUUUUUUACCAGGACGAUGGGAUGGGAAAUCGCGGAGCAGAUGAAAGAGCCUGGCUCUCCAGAGUGGAUCCGUCGGGCCCCCGCAUUCCAGCACUUGUCUGACAUGUGGGCCCUGGAAAUGGCGUGCAGAUGCUUUUAUUCAGAAAGCCACACUGAACACUGUCACAUGCUCACAUACUGCUUGCUCGAUUGCGUCCGCACAGGAAUAGAUACAGAGAUAUAAACAAAAGCAACAGCAACGCCUUUUUCGCUUUAUUUUAUUAAUCAUAGUUCCAUCUCAUUAACACACACAGUCAUUUCUGACAGAAUGUUCGGUGGAUCAUACAUAGGCUGGAUUUGGCAGAUCAGGCAGGAACCAUCUCCUUCUCGUUCUGAAAGAAAAAAAGAAAGAAUGGGAGCGUGGGGGCCUGUUCUCGUGGUUGAGCUGUCCCUGCGCAUGGGGCGCGUACGUCAUGCGGGCCCCGCCACGACAGUAGGUACACAAGAUCUUCCUCCUCCUUCCUUUGUUCUCCACUUCUCCUCCUCUCUACCUGCUACCAGAUUAGGUGAACUAGAUUAAGAGAUGGGAGCUAUAUUAUAAUGCCAAAUGGCAGAGCCAGCCAGUCGGUGGGUAGGUGCCAUGCAGUGCAACGGUGACAUGCUGCCAUAUGCAGUGCAGCAGGAUCGAGCUGGCUCCCAUGUCGGUCUCUCUCACACUCUCACCCCGCAACAGCAACGAAGGGGUUUUGUCGCUUUGGCUUCAAAUGACAGGAAGGAAUCAGAAUCCAGUCAUAUCAUCAAAUACGAGAGUUCCUAGCUUCAUUUCAGUGUGUGCUGUGCUGGUGUGGUUGCCCAGUCGGUGGAAGUGUCCAUGCAUGUGUGAUGUGUGCAGGGCAGGGCUGCAUGCAGGUAAGCUAGGCUGCUAGGUCUGGAUACCUUGUGAUGGACAUGGACAGGAUAGUGGUCAUCGGGCAUCAUGCGUUCAUGCAUGUAUAGUAUAGGUGUGUGUGUCGCUGUCAGCAACCACAGUCACACAUGUCUUCCCGUUUAGAAGCUGGUACGGUCUACAGUGUGUGUGUCAGUGUGUGUGAGCACUACUGAUCUGACUGCCAAAAAGGGAGGACAAAAAAUGGUGGUGGCGCAAGUGAGAUUUGCGAUGGGCCGUGCUAUUAGCAGCAUCGUGGGCCUGGCACUGGCAAGCCCACUAGUAACGGCCCAUUUUCCAUGCCUCGGAAAAUAAUGAUUGCGCGCGUCUUUGUAAGUGUGUCCAAUUAAUCUUCUCUGCUCUUUUCUUUCUUGCCUUCAUCAUGCCUGCCUGCCUGCCUGCCUCCCUCCCUCCCUCCAUGUCUAUAUAUUUUUUUAUAUAUGUAUAUAUUAUACAUGCGCGCACACACACACAAACUAGAGUAAGAGUAACCCCUUGAGCUUUGUCAAAAGAAGGCAGAGCUCAGAAAGCCUAAAGCCUCGCUUAUUUAGCCUCCAGUAGCACCCCUCUUUCUUUGUGUGCUCCAACAAAGCUCUCACUCACUCUCAUACACACACGCACCCUACACUCCAUUUCCAUUGCCUGCAUUCUUGGUUGGGCAAGAACAAGCAGGCAGAGAGGUGAGAGGAGGAGGAGAAGAAGAAGAAGCAGAUGAUCAUGGGGCUGCCGGAGGUGAAGCAGAAGAAGAAGAAGCGGCUCGUGCAUAGCACGCGAGGGGAAGAUCGUCACGGGCACCACCACCAAGACGGCAGCGAGGCCUGGGUGCUGGGCCUGUCCGGCGCCGGGAUCGCCGCCCUGCCGCUGCACCAGCUCAAGCCCGUACGCGUCGAGGUCAAGGCCGGCCGCCGACGGCACGCGGCGGCCACCGAGGACGGCGAGGAGGAGGAAGAGCCCGUGACGCCGAGGGGGGAAGGGUGGAGGAUACCGGCGGAGGCGGUGGCGUGCCCGCCCGCUCCCAAGAAGCCCAGGACGGCGGUGUUCAUCGUCAGAGACAACGCCGCCGCCGGCGGCCGCCGGUGCAACUACGACGGCGGCGACGUGGUCGACGAGUUCUUCCGCGUGCCGGCGGAUUUGGAGGCCGUCUUCGUCGCCCGCGCAGCCAAGGCCAACUAGCUAGCUAGCUGCAUUGUGGGCACCAAGGGGAGGACUGCCAGUGUGUGUGUAUGUGAUGCUUGAGCUGCUCCAGGCAGGCUGGCUCAAGCAGAGUGUGAUGCAUCGGCUGCUGCUGCUGCUGAGUGAGUGUGAUAGAGUGAGUGCACUUGUACAAAUUGUCUUCUAGUGCAUGUUAAUGCAAUUCCUAAUUACGUGAAAUGGAAUUGCGUUGAAAUGGAAAAACUGUCAUUAUUGUUUA